AUGAAUCUUCAUCAAAAUAUAUUUGGAAAAUUGGAUAAAUUUUCGUUUCCGAUGUUUGGUGCACAUCCAAUGUGGGAUACAUAUCUGAAAGGAAUUUUUUCAAAAAGAACCCAAAGCAAUUCAUCAUUCAAAGUGAACCAGUCUUUAAAACUAAAAGAAUUUGAAGAACAAACAGUAAACUUAGUUAAAGAAUUUUGGAAGUACAUUUAUUGUAAUCUUAUCGAGAAUUAA